UAUACCAUUAUGAUCAUCAACACCUUAUUGACAAAAUUGUCUGUCUUACCAAUGCAGACGAUCAUGCAUUGAGGACAACUGGGUUGUCAUGCCCAAUGAAUAAUAUGGAUCUUUGUGAUUAUGAUAAUAUUGAUGCUAAUAAUCUUACUGAAACUAGUAAAACUAUUAGAGCUUCUCAAGAUAAUUUAAAAACUAUCACCAUUAUAUCCACCAGCUCUA